AUGAGGAUCGCAGUGAACGUUUGUUUUAUUGCUCUCGUGGCGACAGCCUAUACGAGAGAUGUAAGGCACAAACGCGAAGCAGAUCUUGAGGAAGCGGCUUCAGGAGUUUGGGAGAAAGGUGAAGGUGGAGAUCAUUAUGGUGAACAUUACGGGGAGGAAGGCGGACAUGACGAAAAUGGUUACAAGGGAUACCAUGGCCAUGACUACGGAAAGAAGGGUCAUUCCGAUCACGAAGGAUUCAAAGGACACUUCGAUGAAAGUGGCGGUCAUAAGAAACACCACCAUCAUGACGAAGGCUACCAUGAGGGACAUGACCACGGGGAGAAGGGGGAAAAGGGACAUAGUUUUGAGGAAAAAGGACAUUUUCAUAAAGGUCAUUCAACAAAGGGUCAUCAUGGAAUCCACAAAUUAGAUGAAUUCAAAAAAGAUAAGCAUUUCCAUGACAAGCAUGGCGAAUCAGGAUUUGAAGAGGGAUACGGUGGCCACCAUGAUGAAGGUGGUUAUCAAGAAGGCGGCGAGUACCAUAAAGGACACAGUAAUGGUGGGUACCACGAACAUGAAGGUGGUAACAAAGGACACUUUGAGAAGGGUGGACAUCAUCAUGAUCAAAAAGGGAACCACGAUGAAGGAGGUAAUGAAGAGUACUGGGGUCAUCACGAAGGACACGCGAGCAAAAGUGGCCACGAUGAGGGAAAAGGGUGGGGUUGGGAAAAGGGACAUAAGUAA